UGACUUUCCUGCUUUCUUCUCACAGAUGAUCAAGGGCCCUGCACCCUUGCAAUUUUUUGAAUAUGCAUCAAUUUUUGCCUGUAGUCAUGUCCAUUCGAAGAUGUUAUAUUCUAACGACGAGUAUCUCAUAUGGGGUCCUCUGAUUAAUAAAAAUCAACUAAAUGUGACAGAGUGUGAUAUCAUGCCUUGGGAGAACAUCAGUGAACACCAGAAACAAGGUCUCUUCACAUACUAUAAGGCAGGAUGUAACUGCACUAUACUGCCCAAGAAAGAAAGAGCUUCAAUUGGUGAACCAGUCCGGGCAUGCCUUUGGGACAACUCCUACCUCAAACCCAUGGAGUACUCACACUUUUACAAUACCGGUGCCUGCAUCCCUGUGUCUCCUUUGGUUUGCCAAUGGAAAAAUAUAAGUGAGCCCAACUAACAUCUCUCUUUAUUUCUCCCGUGUCUUGUCAUCUCAUGCAUUUCCAAAUAUCUGCCCAAAGACCAGGAGACUCAUGAAGAACACCAUUCUCGUAAAGCUCACAAAACACUCCAAGCGUUUUAGUUAUCAUCUUUUUAGGAUGUUCUUCAAAGGCUGUUUCGUCAUCAGAGUGCUGCAAUGAGGGGUGUGUAACCUUUGUCCAGAUCCAUAGACAUGGGCAUUUAUGAUGUGCACAUAUUUUGUUAUGUAGUUUCUGCAUCAAAUAUCAAUAAACUCCAAAGAAAU